AUGAGUGAUAUAGAAUCAGACAUUUCAUCUCAAGAGAUUGUUGAGGACGAUGAGCUGCCCUCAUCAGACUUGUCAUCACCAGAAUACAUGGACGACGACGAUGACAAUCGGUCUGCAUUACCAACGCGCACCACAGAUCAAGUGGACGAAGCAGACAUCAGUUACCUAUUGGCUGAUGAGGAUGGAGAGCCAUCAUCAGAGGGUGAAGGUGACGAUCUCAUGGACGAUGGUCUGCUCGAGGAGGAUGAAAUGGAGGCUGCCGAAGACGAUAGCUACGAACAAGAGGGUCUCGAUGAAAAGGAAUAUGAAGAGUUGCCCAUAGAUCAACGACGCGAGAUUGACAAGACAUUGAAGAAGCGUGAUCGCAAGGAGCGUCAACAACGUGACCAAUCUAAUCGUCGUGGAUUCAGGAUACCAUACUCUCUACUCAAGGCAGACCAAGACGAAUAUAUAAGCGAUGAAGAGGAAGAGGACGACGAUGGCAAUGAUGGUCGUGGUCAGGGAUCAGGUAUGAACAAGGAACAACGCAUUCAGAAAACUAUCAAAAAGAGAAGGCUGGCUCAGUCACGCAAGAAGAAGAUGGAAAGAGAGACCAAUGAUGACGACGAGGAUAACUUCACAGUUACAAAGAAUGAUCCAGAUGAUGAGGACUCAAGUGAUAACUCUGACGAUGACGACGACGAUGAUGACAAUUACCAGAUAGGUACAUUGAAGCUAGAGGAGCCACAAGGUCCUCUGAGAGAGUAUUUGACCAAUCAGGGACCUCGUAGGGAGGUUGAGGCGAGACUGGCACAGUUCUUUGAGACAUUCAAGGAUAAGAAGGGCAUAGAGGUGUACAAGCACCGAAUCCAACAAAUGUGCGCCAGUAAUCUGGAGAGUCUUCAGGUCAACUACACACACUUGGAUGAGCCAUUCAAUGAUUGGCUGAUCCAGGCACCAACCGAGCUCAUUGAGAUCUUUGACGACGUGGCAUUCAAGGUGGUGCUCAAGAUGUUCCCAAACUACAAGAACAUCACCAAGGCAGUUCAUGUGCGCAUCACUCACUAUCCAGUGUGCAACACCCUACGCGAUAUUCGUCAGAGCGAUCUGAAUCAGCUGAUCAAGGUGGGUGGUGUCGUCACUCGCCGCUCCAGCAUCUAUCCGCAGCUCAAGUACGUCAAGUAUGAUUGCGUCAAAUGCCAGUCGAUCAUUGGACCCUUCUAUCAGAAUGGACAUCAAAACAUCGAGAUUGGUAUCUGUCCAAACUGCCAAUCAAAGGGAACAUUCAUAGUCAAUCACGACCUCACACUCUAUAGAGACUACCAGAAGAUUACUCUGCAAGAAAGUCCUGGAACUGUGCCACCAGGCAGACUGCCACGAACAAAAGAUAUCAUCCUGUUGGCUGACCUCAUUGACACUGUUCGUCCAGGUGAAGAGAUUGAGGUUACAGGAGUAUUCAAACAUAACUUUGAUGCCAAGCUCAACCAUCAGAAUGGUUUCCCUGUGUUUGCCACAGUGAUCGAUGCCAACUUCCUUAAUAAGAAGGAGGACCUGUUGGCCUCGUUCAUUCUCACAGAGGAGGACGAAAAGGAGAUUAGGAGUCUUGCCAAAGACCCAAAUAUUGGCACCAAGAUCAUUCAGUCGAUCGCACCCUCCAUCUUUGGACACGAGGACAUCAAGACAGCGCUUGCAUUGGCAUUGUUUGGUGGCAUGGCCAAAGAGGUCAACAAGCAUAGAAUCAGAGGCGACAUUAACGUUCUGCUAAUUGGUGAUCCAGGUGUAGCCAAGAGUCAGUUCCUCAAGUACGUGGAGAAGACGGCGCAUCGAGCAGUUUACACCACUGGUCAAGGAGCCUCUGCUGUUGGACUUACUGCCGCUGUAAGAAUGGAUCCGCUUACAGGUGAGUGGACGCUUGAGGGUGGAGCACUCGUACUCGCCGACAAGGGUGUGUGUAUGAUAGACGAGUUUGACAAGAUGAAUGACAAGGAUAGAACAUCGAUCCACGAGGCCAUGGAGCAGCAGAGCAUAUCUAUAUCAAAGGCAGGCAUUGUCACAACGCUUACGGCCAGAUGCUCAGUCAUUGCCGCAGCCAACCCCAAGAAGGGCCGAUAUGAUCCUUCACAGAGCUUGAUCAACAAUGUCGAGCUUACCGAACCGAUCUUGUCUCGUUUCGACAUCACAUGCGUCGUCAGAGACACCAUUGACCCUGAGCAAGAUGGCCGUCUAGCUCGUUUUGUUGUAAAGUCUCACAUUCGCUCUCAUCCAAUCAACAUCAAUGGCGAGCACAACUACCAGAACCAAGCCACUUCCCUAUCGCCAAUUCCUCAAGAGAUGCUGCGCAAGUAUAUCAUGUACGCCAAACAAAAGGUGAGACCCAAGAUCAACAACAUCGACAAGGAGAAGAUAGCACAAUUGUACGCAGAGAUGCGUCGCGAAUCAUCUGGAGGUGGCUUUGCAAUGACGGUUCGUCAUGUCGAAGCAAUGAUUAGAAUGGCCGAAGCGCACGCCAAGAUGCAUCUGCGAGACUAUGUCCGUGAUGAAGACGUCAACAUGGCAAUACGAGUGAUGUUGGACAGCUUCAUCAAUGGCCAGAAGAGCCAGUUGUCCAAGUCGUUGCGCAAGAACUUCUCCAAGUACAUUACGUAUCAACGUGACAUCAACGAGCUACUAUUCCACCAACUCCAGCUCAUGGUCAGCGACGCCUGCAGCCUCAAUCAGAUCAAGCUUGGCAAGGUGCCCAACCGUAUUGAGAUCCCCGUUGAAGAUUUUGAGACCAAGGCUCAUGAGAUGGGUCUUAGCAACUUUGACAAGUUCUACGCCAGCACCGAGUUUGCCAAUAGGAGAUUCAAGAAAGAGGCAAGAAUGAUUGUAUACAAUAGAUCAGCUACAGGAGGAAAAUAA